AUGGACUCCAUGAGAUCUUUGAAUACCUCCCUUCCAGGGGGCAAAUCACCUUCAAAACAAUUGAACAGCGACCCUCCGCAACAAGUUCUUAUCGCACAAUUCAAAGCUGCCGCUUUAUCCGUCACCAAUCUCUAUAAAACUGCCGCUGCAGAUCAAGGAAGAGCUAGGGCUGAAGGUUAUCAAGAUGCACUGGAUGAACUCUUAAGUUUCCUCGAUAAAGAAGAUAUUGGGCUGAGCGAUGGCGAGGGUUGGAGGAUUCGAAGAUGGGCGACUGAGAGAUUAGAUGGUCGGGACACAGCAUCACACAACGACAGCGACGACGAGGUUCUUGAAAAAGGAGAUAGGGGAUCAUCACCAGUAAUUCAAAGAUCGCAAAGUUCAAGUCACAUUUCGGCAUCAACUCCUAAACCAACAAGAACUGCUUCUCCAAUGAGCGCAGAAACAGUGCCUGCACCUGCGGCCGUUGUUCUGCCCGACCCAGAACCUCCAACGAUUACAGCGCUUCCACAAGGCACAUUCACUUUCCGAUCUUCGCAGCAAUAUCCACAAGAUCCCGAUAUUUUAUUGUCAGAUUUAGAUUUAUCAGAUAAGAAUCGCCCUCAACCCCAUGAUAAUUUUGGUAAUCAGUCAGCGGGUAUUUCCCUUACUCGGCCCUCACGAACCAACGCAAGACACAGCAAUCAUUCGUCUCGAUUAAACUCUAGAUCUUCGACGACACAGAUAAACAGAGGAGCUGGUCAAAAGAGGAAAAUAAACUUCGGGGAUUUCUUUGAUUUAGGAAAUUUAGGCCAUGGAGACGAUUCUUUCGGUGGGGGCGGAAAGAGGGGAAGAUUCGUAUGA